UGCUUUGGCGCCCCACCUCCUUUACUCCACUACACCCACCGCUUCCCGGUUCACCCUCCUCCUCCCCCUCGCCUUUUUCCUUUCUUCCUCUCCCCCCUAGUACCCUGUCACCUCUCCGGCCCAGCCGAGCAAGAAAGCGAUAGGGAAAAAAGCCCACCGGCUUCUUGCCCCGGAGAGAUGAAGCUGUUCUACGAGCUGCUCCUCACGGCGGCGGUUACCCUCCUCGCCGCCUUCCUGCUGGCCACGCUCUUCGCCGCCAAUGAUACCCCGCGCCGCGAGAGCGGGACAGAUCGCGCCGCCGCCGCCGCGAUCGCGGAGGAGGCGGCGGCGGUGGAGGUGGAGGAGAGGACCAUCGAGGUCGACGAGGUGAAGCUUAGCGAAGGGAGGGCGGCUGCGGUGCCGGCGGAGGCGGAGGGGUGGGUUGAGGCGGAGAAGGCGCCGGCGGUGGUCGUGGCGGAGGAAGACCCGGAGUGCUUAGUCGAGGAGGAGGGUGUUCCGGUGAAGGCCGCUCAUGGGGUGCGUGUUGGUGCUGGAGUGGAGGAGGAGGGAGAUGUAGGCGAGAAGCGGCGUGAUUUGACCGCUGCAGCUGCUGCGACAGGCGUGGUUGUUGAGGCGAACCCUCAUGUGUUGGGCGCUGAGGCUGUUCCUAGGGAGGUUCUUGAUGUGGUGGGGUUGGAGAAAGGGAGAUCGGAUGAUGUUGUAGUGAAGCAGCGUGAUCUGGGUGCCGAGGUUGCUCCCAUUGAAGUUCUUGACGCGCGAUCGGAGCAGCAGGGAGUUCGAGUUGUUGAAAUUGCUGACGUGCUUCCCUUGAAAACGGAAGCUGUUGAAGUGAAACAACAUCAUCUGGCUGCUGGAGUUGCUCCUGCAGCAGAGGUUCUUGACGCAUUAUUGGAGGAGAAGAGCGUGCACGCUAUUGAAGUGAGGCCGGAUGAAUUGGCUGCCGAGACUGCUUCUGAAGAGGUUCUUGACGUGGUAUCAGAGAAGAAGGAAGAACAAGUAGUCGAAGUGAAGGAGCAUGGAUUGGCUGUAGAGGCUGCUCCACAACCAGUUCUCGAUGUGCCAUUGGCAGAGAAGGAGGAUCUUCAAGGUCAACAGCCUGUUGAAGAAGCUGUGGACGUACAUAAAGAAGCGCAGAGCAAGGAGGAAGCUAACUGUGAGGCCCAUUCGGAUGAUCAAUCAGAACAAGUUGUUCGUGAAGAGGAGUUGGUGGCGAGAAAAACUGAUGAUGUCGAGGUUACCCAUGCAGGCAGCUCUAAUGUCAAAGUGGUUACUGUGUUGCCUGUGGAGGAAGUGACAUUGCAAGGGCCGCAGGAGGAGGACGUUGAAGCAGACAUGGACUUUGAGGAGUGGGAAGGGAUUGAGAGGAGUGAGGUGGAGAAGAGGUUUGGUGUGGCAGCGGCAUUUGCUGCUAGUGAGGCAGGGGCGGCUGCUCUGUCGAAGCUUGAUAGUGACGUGCAGCUGCAGCUUCAAGGGCUCCUCAAGGUUGCCAUUGAUGGUCCCUGUUAUGACUCUACGCAGCCACUUACACUGAGGCCUUCAUCUCGCGCAAAAUGGUUUGCUUGGCAAAAGUUAGGGAACAUGCAUCCUGAGAUUGCUAUGGAAAAAUACAUGAAUCUUUUAUCAGAAAAUGUUCCAGGGUGGCUGGGAAACGAAACCUCGGACACAAAGAAGCGUGAAGCUGGUGGCUAUUCUGAGGGUCCCAUCUUAACGAUGACUGCUGCAACUGAUCAACAGAGAAAUCAAGUGAAUGAAGAUAGUACUAGCAUAGAUAAAGGUCGCCUAACGACUUACCCUAACCCAGAGAAAGGUCCGAGCUCUGACAUCCCUGCUGAAUGAACGUAACUCAGCAAAUAUUCUUGCAUCAGUGAUUCCAGCCCAUUGCUGAGAUCACUAUUGACGCCGCCUCGUAAGAUUAGAUUCGUACAGUUGUGGUGGUUGCGCCAAUAUCAGUGCUGUGAUGACGUUUGUUCGUGUAUAUAUGACUGUAUAUAUCUGUAUUACUGCGCCUGCUGCCUGUAUAUUUGGCCCAGUUGCAGACUUGCCAUCGGUUGUAGGCCGUAUAACAUUAUCCCCGCUAAGUAGUAAUAAUUAUAUAUGUUACCGUGCA